AUGAAAUAUUUGGCAAAUUCUUUGUAUUUUGAAAUAGAUAUGAGUUUUAAACGUGUAUAUGGGCCAAUUAAUGAAUGGGAAGUAUGCGCAUAUAUAGAAAAUUAUCGAAAAACAAAUACAUACAAAAAACUAUUCGAGGAACUUUUUACCUGUGUCGAACAAGAUUGUGGACAUUCUGUUGAGUUUCAACAUAUCCAUAGUUGUGGAAUUGGAUGCAUUUUAGCUGAUGAGCAUUAUAGUCAAGCAUUAGGUUUGGGUCAAUAUUUAGCUGAAAGAUUUCCAAUUUUUAACGCUACUGAACAUUUAGAACGAAUUUAUAAAUUAUGUACAAUACAUUUUAAAAGAAAUAUUCGCAACAAGAGAGGAAUAAAUAAGGAAAUUAAAAAAAAAAUGUAUUCAUUGAUUGAAAAUAAAACAGCAUAUGAAGUUAUGAAUACUCUUGUAUUUCUCGAACAUUGUGGUAUAGCUGUUCAUCAAAAAUCUCCUAAAAAAGCUCGAGUUACAAAUGAAUCUAUUAAUAUUGAAGAACAAGAAAGACUUUUAAGGAUUGAGCAGGAAAAGCUUGCUAUACAGAAAAACAAAAAUGAUGAGUUGAAAAAGAGAUUAUGUUACGGGAAAAACUUCAAAAACUUUUAA